CGCAUAUCAAAAUUGUUUUCGCGUCUCACUAGAUGAAUUCAAAACCAUACACAACAACUAUGGCUGGAAAACGCACUUCAAAAUCAAGCGAAGCAGCUAAUACCAAGAAACAAAAGACUGAAAAUGAUAAAGAAGUGCACUGGACAUUGAAUGAUUCUGGUAAAAAAAGAGUGACCUUGUCUGAAUUUCGUGGAACCACAUAUGUCCAUAUUCGUGAAUAUUAUGAAAAGGAUGGUGAAAUGCUUCCCGGAAAGAAGGGAAUUGCGUUGAAUCCUAAUGAAUGGAUGCAAUUCAAGCGUAUGGUUGGUGAGGUUACCAGUGCUCUCGGUUUGGUAGAUGAAGAUGAGGAUGAGGACGAGAAGAAAGAAGAAAAAGAUUCGUCUGAAACAGCAAAAAAUGACGAGCAAGAGUCGUCUGAUGCCAAAGACGAAUCUAAGCAAGGAGAGGGAUCCAAAGAGGAGGAUCAAUCUGCCAGUGAAGAAGAAGAAUAACUUCGUCCACUAGGUGCUUAUCGGCUCAUUUAGUUAAUGAUAUCCAAAUGAAUGACCUUUUUUUUAUUAAUAUUUGUAAUGGAAGGGAAUUGCAAAGAUUAAGGUAAAAAUUGGCGUUGAAAACAUUAUAGCAUAAAAGAUUCUAGAAGAGACAGUUGACUAAAAAGCUCAUGGAAAGAAGAUGGGUGCUUGUCAUGAUUGAUGGGAGGAACAUCUAAGACUCCAGAUUUGCAUUUCGGACAAAUCGAUUCUGUAGCGCAGUCUCUGUGAACUAGGUGAAGACAACUAUAGCUGCUGAACGGUAUCUUCAAUACUCCCUCACAAGUAUCACAUAAUUGAUCCUCGGUAGGGAUUGAGUUCAAUUGGCUUUGGUUACUAACCAGCUCUUUUUGAAGAUACGUAUACUGUCUAUCGUUUUCGUCGAUCCGAGACGAACAAUGAGUUUCCCAUCUUAAUAAGAGCUUUUUUAUAGUCCCCAAGGUCAAGGUCUGGUCCUUCAUCAAUAUAUCUAAAAUAUGUUGGAUCGGAAUUUUAAAUUGUAUGAAACAGUUUUCUAGAAUCUUAAAAAAUAAAUCUUCAUGUACGUUAGUGAUCGAGCGUUCCUGCACUAGGAAU